ACAAAACUGGAGGAGAGAGAGAGGGAGAGAAGAGGACGAGAAAGAGAGAGAGAGGGAGAGAGGAGGACGAGAAAGAGGGCUGGCCAGGGGAAACCAAUAAGGAGUCUGAGGAUAAAAUCCUAACGUAUCUGAAGGAAAAUGGAAAUAGCAGCGUUAAUUGUGACCAUCUUGUGCUUGUCCUCGCUUUCUUCGGGUGAGACUGGAAGCAAAGACAGCCAAACCCAGCCUGAGGACUCUGGCAACUCUACACUGAUACAGAAUGACGAGGAAGAGAGAACGGAGCGAGGAGAUGGAAUGCUCAUUGAGCCAGAACCCACAUCGCCGGUGUCGGACAUGGACAAUAACUACAAUUACGUCUUGACAAGACUAGCAGCCAUGGACCAGGCCAUCCAUCGGCUGAAUGUUGGCCACUACACUCUGGAUGUUAAAGUGACCCAGCUGCUGGAGAGGAUCUCCAGGCUGGACAACAAGCUCACCGAGUUGGACGACAGCCUGCAACAGGUGUCCCUAUUCAGCAAGGAGAACCGCAAGGAGAUUGGACGUCUGGAAGGCUGCCAGAAGGGUCGACGCGUGGGCUACAAGUGUUUCAUGGUUUACCGUGUGUACGCGACGUACGCAGACGCAGCCCAGAAGUGCCUGGAACGCGGUGGUCGGAUGGCCAUGCCGCGCGACCGCAAGGAGCAGGAGGCCCUGGCCGAGUACGUUCGUGCCGUCUUCCAACCAGGGAACUGGCCCGUGUGGCUGGGCAUCAAUGACCUCCGCUCGGAAGGCCUGUACCUCUUCGAGGACACGACGCGCGUCACCUACUUCCAGUGGCGCAAGCAUUUUCUGUCCAGCCAGCCGGACGGAGGCAAACGGGAGAACUGUGUGGCCAUGUCUUCAGACGACGGAGACUGGUGGGAUAAUUACUGCGAUAGGCGCAUGUAUUACCUCUGUGAGUUCGAGGCCUGAUCUACAGACUCCCACACCCUUUCCCAACGUUUCA